AUUGGCGAAUUACAAAAUCAAUAAAUGAUUUGAAAAACAACUAUUCAAAUACUCCAGGCCAUAUUAAAGCACCGUUGUUUGAUAUAAUUCCAUUAUAUAACUACGUCUUCGAUGAGCUACAUGUUCUAUUAAGGAUUGAGGAUCGACUUUGGACUUUAAUCUUAUCAGAACUUAAGGAAAGAAAUUUAUUUAAUGAA